GCGAGGCCGGUGCACAGCGCAUUCGGGGAACAGAGGUGUUGCCAUCUGGCUGCCCUGCGGCCCAUCUCGCGCCGUGUCCACCCCGCGAAGCCCGAACUACAACUCCCAGCGUGCCUCGGCACCCUCCUGCCCGAGCCUGCGCAUUGCCCGCCGGGACGAAGUCCGAACUACAACUUCCAGCAUGCCGCGGGCGCUCCCGCAGGCCCUGGUCAGCGGCCGAGGUCGAGGUCGGGGAAGCCGUGCCGACCCUCGCCGCUCCGGGUAGCGCUCGCCCGGGAGGGUCGGGGUGGGGUCGGGAGCUGCCCCCGCCAUGCUUCGUGGACUGGCUCGGGCCGCGGUCCAGCGGCAGGGGGCCCUCCGGACGCGGGGGUCUGGGGGCGGGGCGGGGGUCCCGGUGCACGUGGUGGACCUGCGCAGCGACACGGUGACCAAGCCCGGGCCGGCCAUGAGGCGCGCCAUGGCCGAGGCGGUCGUGGGGGACGACGACUACGGCGAGGACCCCACCGUCCUCGAGCUGCAGGAAAAGGCAGCCACGCUGCUGGGGGUGGACCGGACCUUGUUCGUGCCCACCAACACCAUGGCCAACCUUAUCUCUGUGAUGUGUCACUGCCAGCGCAGGGGCUCCCAGCUCCUCCUCGGGCAGGAGAGCCACCUCCACGUCUAUGAGCAGGGCGGGGUGGCUCAGAUUGCUGGGGUGCACUCCCACCCCCUCCCAGACCUGCCCCGUGGGACCCUGGACCUGGCUGAGCUGGAGAGGAUGGUCACACGGGGCCUCGGGAGCCCCUACCACCCGGUCUGUGAGCUCAUCUGCCUGGAAAACACCCACAGCAGCUCAGGGGGCCGGGUUCUCCCCAUCGACUACCUACGCCAGGUGCGCCUCCUGGCCCAGAGCUGCGGGGUCCGGGUCCACCUGGACGGGGCCCGGCUGAUGAACGCUGCGGUGGCUCUGCACGUGCCCCCCGCCCGCAUCGUGGAGCACUGUGACUCUGUGUCCCUCUGUUUCUCCAAGGGCCUGGGCGCACCGGUGGGAGCCCUGGUUGGGGGGCCCAAGGACUUCAUCGAAGGAGCCUGGCGCCUCCGGAAAGCCCUGGGCGGGGGGAUGCGCCAGGCGGGGGUGCUGGCCGCAGCUGCCCUGGUAGGGCUGGCAGACGUGGAGGAGGUGCUGCUGAGGGACCACCAGAACGCUCGGAGAUUUGCCCAAGGGCUCCAGGAGCUGGCGUCCCCUAUCUGCUCCGUGGAUCUCGCCGCCGUGGAGACGAACAUGGUGAUGGUGACAGUGGACGGGCUGCCGCCCCAGGAGCUCUGCCGGCGUCUGCAGGCCGUGAGCGCUGACGAGGUGGCGCAGACCGGCCGCGCGGUGCGCGUGCUGCUGUUCCCCUGGACCGGGCGGUCAGUGCGCGCCGUGUGGCACCGCGACGUCUCCGCACGGGACACCGAGCUGGCGCUGAGGAAGUGGGGGUUCGUGCUGAAGCAGCUGGGGGCCCUGAGGACGGGGUGACCGGCCCCUGGGCCCCAGCCGGGCUCCAGGCGGGGAGUGGAGGUGUCCCGAGGGAGCGGGAGGCAGGAGAGGCAGUAAAAGGACACCCCGUGUCCCCCUUGUCUCCUUGGACCCCUGGACUUCCCACGCCCGGGGCGAAACCCUCCUCUGGAACUCAUUCAGCAAGCCCGGAGCGCCUCCUGUGUCGGGAACGGGGACAGGGACGGGGUGCCACAAAUGCCCCUCACCAGAGCCCAGGAAGCAGCCAGGGCAGGGCCUCUGCUCCCAGUGCACGGAAGGGGAAGCGGCCCUGAGCCAUCUGCUCAGAGUCACGCAGCAAAUGAGCGUGUCCUGUGCUCCUAUUCGGGGACACAGCGGGGAAAGGGGAUAGGAAAAUCAGAAAGGGACAGCGGGGCGCUGGAUGGCAAAGAGCAGUAACUCCCGUGUCGGGGGGCUGGGCUUCAGCCUGUAUUCAUCUCUAUGCAUUUUCCUUUUUUAAAAAUAAAACUUCUGGGGCGCCUGGGUGCCUCAGUCGGUUGAGCAUCAGACUUCUGCUCGGGUCACGAUCUCACGGUUUGUGAGUUCGAGCCCCACGUCGUGCUC